AUGAUCAGGGAUAUUUACCACCCGGGGGAGAAAAUCGAAAAUGAAUUCCUGAAGGAGAAAAUCCGCUCGAAAAUAAAUGAGAUGCUAAAAUGGAAGCGCAAGGGGUUCCCAGGAAGCAACCCCGUGUCGCUAACAAAACACAACAUCCGCAAUCUGUUUAGCAAGGAUUAUUUAAUAUGCGAAAAGACGGACGGAGUGAGGUACUUUUUAUUUAUUGCCUCGAACACGACUUUCCUAAUUGAUAGGAAUUAUGACAUCUUCAAAAAUGAUAUGCACAUCCCUACACAUGACGACUUGCACGCCAAGCAGCAGUUGACACUGCUCGAUGGGGAAUUAGUGGAGGACACAAUUUUUAACCAAAAAAAAGGAGUUGAAGAAAAUAAAAUUGUUUAUUUGAUAUAUGAUGGGCUCUACAUCCACAGGAAGGAUAUAACUGCUCUAAACUACUUGGAGAGACUGACCAAUGUUUACAACUUUGUCAUUGUCCCGUUGAAAAGGUACAGGAGAUACACCAAGCAGAGGAAGAGGAACGGCGGACCCACGCCUCCAUCGCGCUCUGCAUUCGAAUCGGAUGACGGGAAUGUGAACAACUGGCAAAGUGUAAGUGGCAGCAAAAAUGUCAGCUUAAGUGGCAGUGAAAAACAGAGCCUAAGGAGGAGGGCAGACCAAAUGGGCGAUAAGGACACAUCUACCGAUCAGUGGAGCGAUCAUAAUGGUACCCCCCCUCUUCCGAGAAGUGCAACUCGGUUUGGGUUAGACGACCAUUCGGCGCAUAAGGAGGAGGCCUACACAAACGCGCAACAGUAUGGGACCCUCACCUCCAUCGGUGUGGGUGACGAAUCAGAUGAGACAAGCCCCUCCAGUGAGGGAAACCCCUCCGAUGAGGGAAGCCCCCCCGAUGAGGAUAGCCUCCCAUUCGAAAUUUACCUAAAAGAUUUCUACCCGAUCACCCAAAUCACAGAGCUCAUCCAAACCAUUAAGAAACUGCCGCACGCAUCUGAUGGGAUAAUAUUCACCCCGCUGAAUUAUCCCUAUAGAACUGGCAACUUCUUCGAGCUCCUAAAAUGGAAACCACUCAAUUUAAACACUGUGGACUUUGGCAUAGAGACCAUAUAUGACCAACAUAAUAUUCCCGAGAAAUUUGAGCUUUUCAUUUCGAUUAGGGGGGUGAGGACGUCCUAUCGGACGUACCUUGCGGAGUAUGGCGACGUGUAUAAGGAGCUCCUAACCCUAGCGUUAAACAACAAGAUCUCUCAUUAUAUUAUCGAAUGCUACUACGUUGCGAGGCAUAUUUUUUCAACCUUUAAAAAUGAAAAUGGGAAGGAGGAGAGAAUCGAGGGGGGGUGGAUUGCGCAGAAGAUUCGGUUCGACAAGAACAUCCCCAACGACAUCUCCACGCUGAACAAGGUCAUACAGAGCAUCCUGGACAACAUAACCAUCGACUCGCUCAUCAAGGAGGUUUCGCGCAACCGCCCGGGCAAGCGCGCCGGGGGCGCGGGCAUGAAGUGA